AUGAGCCUCGCCGUACACUCGUCACACACGCCUGACCCGCCCACGCUGCCCCAGGAGGACAUUCAGACACCGGAUGGGUUUUUUGGUCAGAUGCGUAUGCACAGUGCGAUUCGCUGGAAUGUCCCCACGACCCACCUACCUCCUGCACCCGAAAAACUUUCUACAAUCAGCACCACUAUUUCAAAUACCAGCGACGCCUCUAAUAAUUACGCUGCCACGAACACUAUCUCCUUUUGCGUAGGCCUACCCUAUCGUUACCGCCAACACACAUUUGAACCACAUCUUGGCUUGGUCGGUUAGUUACGAAUUCGACGCAAUAAAAGUUCUGCAAACCGGAAUCAGGAGCCCCGUUAUACACCCGUCAUUCUCGUCUUCAGUGUCAGACUAUUUAGCUGUCGGCCAUUUGCGUCCAAUCCCUGCAUCAGGUAACUGAACGGCUCGGACGGCAGACUGGUCCCUAGGAGAGUGAAGAGGGAUUGAGGCUAAAUUGGGGAAUCCGGCUCACGAUACUCAGCGCAUAUUCUGCACUCUAAACAAUCUGAUGCGCUUUUAAACUGUCACGAUACCGUAACAGCCAUGAAUUAUAAGGUUGCUUAUUGAGGAAACGACUCAGACUUCACAGUCAGCCCUGUGUCUAUGUGGAGUGAUCGGAUCGUGGACUCAAUGUGACACCUAUGGCACUCCCAUCCAGGUGGGCUUCGAGCCGUAGCCAUCUCCUUUCUGCAAAAAUCUGGUGCCUCACGCGUACGGCACGCGUAGACGGAUCCUUUAGUCCUUUCAACGACUACGUCUAUCUCCGACCUCCGCUCUUCCUGCCUUUGUGUUUGCACCGGUCCCAGGUGGGUGAGAGAGGAGUGGGUGCGAUAAAUACUGUGUAAAUUUACUUUCACUAGAAAUGAAUUCAUUAGCAAUUUGCGGCCCCUACGCCCACCAUGCUCUGGGGCACCCGGUGGAUAUCAUUGUCCGCGACGGGCGCACCGACGGAUUUUGGUAGGGUAGUAGGAAUGCCCUCCUUGAUGACAUUGGUGGUGGUGGUGGUGGUGGUGAUGGUGGUGGUGGUAGUGGUGGUAACUGUAGUGAUGUUUCGCUAAAUGAGAGACGUUUUGAUCGUGUUUACACUACACUGAGUCUAGCGAGGUCCAUCCGUUCCCAUAAUGUUCACUGACAAAAAGGGGCACAAUGACACAGUCCGAGUACUUGUGUUGUCUGCGAUAUAAUGUCUCGGCAGUAGCUACUCGGCAGCGGUCGCCCCAGCUUCCAGUACUCAACGUCUAGCGUAUAGCCUUGACGAUCUCUAGCAGCGAGGGCAGGCGGUCGAGAGCCUUCAUCUGAGGAGCUUUUUAAUGACCUCAUCGGGUAUUGUGGAUGGUCGACUGAGGAUGCAUCCGAAGUGUUCGUUGGUUUGGCAACCGCAGACCUUCCUGAGAGACGCGAACCUUUUCAUUUUAUUGCAACAUGCCAUUCUCUUUGGAGAGAGGACUGCAGAUUUACUCGUUGUUUUCAUUAAACCUGCUCCUGUGCUGACUGCUUGCGCAAACGAGCAAAUCCAGGACAGUGAACAAAAUGGCCUUCAGCAGUCGAUUCCCGUGAAUCUCACCAAUGAUAUUCGUUCCCCGGAGAUUACAUUGGUUCCAGACGUGAUUCCGGGGAUUGUGAAAUCAAAACGAUACUCGGUCGUAUCCAAUAAUAUUUGACUUAUCUGGUACCCGCUUACCUUGUGGUUUCCUUCGGGGCUGCUGCCUAAUCCUCAAGGUGUCCAGGCAGUGAUCUGUCCAGCAGUAUGCAGCACACAUUUCCUUAGACACUAGGACGUAGUCCAGCAACUGCCAAUGAUGUCAGAGAGGGUGUAUCCACGUACUCUUCUCUGGGAUCAGAAAGUGGAAGAAAUUGCUGGUCAGUUGAAGAUUUUGUUUCGUACAGGCCUGCAAGAGGCGACUACCAUGGCCGUUACAGCUACUGGUCCUGUAAUGACCGAGGACUCCCGCUCCGGUAUCGUGGUCUCUGUCUACGCAGGCGUUGAAGUCACCGUGGACAAUCGGUUUGUCCGUCGCCGGCACAGUCGCGAGGAGGGCGUGCAGGUCCUCGUAACAUUUGUUCUUCAGGCCAUCGGAGUCGAUCACGGGGGGUAG